GAUGGAAGCUGUAUUCGGGAUGGCUCUAGCCACCAUCAUUUUGACAAGCAUGGCAGCCAUGGCUGCAUCAGAAGCAUCUCCAGCCACAUUUGUGUUCGGUGACUCGUUAACAGAAGUGGGAAACAACAAUUAUUUGCAGUAUUCUCUUGCAAAGUCAAAUUUUCCUUGGUACGGGGUCGAUUAUGAAGGUGGUCAGGCUACCGGGAGAUUCACAAAUGGAAGAACUAUUGGUGAUUUAAUAUCUGCAAAGCUUGGGAUUCCAUCACCGCCGCCUUAUCUCUCAUUGUCAACGAAUGAUGAUGCACUGCUUAAGGGGGUCAACUAUGCAUCUGGUGGUGCAGGAAUACUAAAUGACACUGGACUCUAUUUUAUUGAGAGACUGUCCUUUGAUGAUCAAGUACAAAGUUUCAACAAGACAAGGGAAGUCAUCAAGGCUAAGAUUGGGAGUGAAGCUGCAACCAAGCUUUUAACUGAAGCUCUCUAUUUCAUUGGAAUUGGCAGCAAUGAUUAUGUCAAUAAUUUCUUACAACCCUUUUUACCUGAUGGUCAAGAGUACACUCAUGAUGACUUUGUGGAACUGUUAAUAGGCACCUUAGAGCAACAACUUAAGACUCUUUACCAGUUGGGUGCACGAAAGAUGAUGUUUCAUGGUCUUGGUCCACUCGGCUGCAUUCCUUCUCAGAGGGUUAAAUCAAAGAAAGGCCAAUGCUUGAAGAAAGUCAACAAGUGGGUGCUGGAAUUCAACUCUAAAGUAGAGAAGCUCAUUGCCUCUCUUAACAGACGCCUCCCAAAAGCAAAAUUCUCAUUUGCUGAUACAUAUUCAGAUGUUCUUGACUUAAUCAGCAACCCUACCACAUAUGGUUUUAAGGUUUCCAAUACGUCAUGUUGCAAUGUAGACACGAGCAUUGGAGGGCUAUGCUUACCAAAUUCAAAAAUAUGCACGAACCGCAAAGAUUAUGUAUUCUGGGAUGCAUUCCACCCCUCAGAUGCAGCAAAUGCAGUUCUUGCUGACAAACUCUUCUUGAGACUAUUUUCUAAGCCUCCAGCCCCUGCACCAACACCUUCUCACUAAUUCACAUGUUUUUCAUAUCAACAGUAUAGUUAUAGAACCCACUAAUGUAACAAAGUACCAUGGGCAACAUAUAGGAUCAUGCCUUGCCGGCCUUGGAGAUUUGAAAUCAGCUGAACAACUCCUGCGUUGUAAACAAAGAACUUGCAUUUCAAUCAGAAACUUUUCAUCAUCAUUCACCUUA